AUGUCUGACCUUAGCAUCCCUACUCACACCCCCAAGAGCAACGAGAUGGCAACUUUCCCUCAAUUUGCCAAACUCCCGAUCGAGCUUCGGGACAUGAUUUGGGAAGAAGCUCUCAAGAAGGAGAGAGUUUUGAGUAUGCACGUUUGGACCCUGGGGGAGGAUUGCUCGGAUACAGGACGAACUAUGGAGUUACUCCACGGCCGGCCACUCGAAACAGAGGUUUCAGACCUGAUCAACUCUCCAACUACUCCCAGACUUACCGACGGACGAGAGACGAAAGUCAAUGCGGGAUCGAAGAAGGAAUACAGUGUCAUGGUCGAUGACAAAGCAGCCAUAAGCAAACUGUUCCGCGUCAACGCUGAGUCGCGCCAGGCUGCGAAAAGAUUUUACAGGGUACACAUUCCAUGUACAUAUAUGAAACCGGGGUUCUACGAAAAGGGGACUCUGUACCUCCGUCCGGAAUUGGACACCAUACGCAUGGGCCUUACCGAAGGGUUUGGCCGCUUCGCUCAUUGUGUUUGGGCCCUGGAUCGUUUGCAUGUUGGGCUCGUCAACCUAGCUCCUGACCUUAAAGUUAAGUUAUCUGGCAGGAAUGGACUGGCUUGGGAGUAUGAUUCGUUCCCAGAAGACGAUGUAGAGGGAGAGUUGUGGAAAGAGGGCCUGGGAAGACUGCAAAACGUCAGCUUCCAGGACACUAUACCAGGAUGUCUGGAUCCACGAUGGGCGGACCUUCGUAUGCUCCCACAGCCCUUGGACCCUAUUAGUGUUGGCCCGCCUGGGUUUCACGACCGGUGGGCCAAAGCCAACACACCUCAAUACCUGCCUAUAGAGGGUAUGAGACUUAGUGCUUGGGCCUGGUUCUGGCUCUUGACCAGAAAAGGAAUCAAGCUGUCGCCCGAGGUCAACUAUGGCUGCAUGUUGAGUCACGGAGACACACUACACCAGUGUCUUCCAAACAGAACUAAGAAGUGGCAAUGUGCAGCGGAUCUCUUUAUCCAGGACUUCAGAGCGAAGGGAACAGAGGUUGUUCCUGGAUACUGGCUUUUCCCGAUGGACUACCUUGCAUUCGUAAAGGAUGAUGAGGGAGACUGGGUUGUGGAUCGGAAUAACGCAAAGUUGGAACAGAUGAAGUCCAGUUUCGAGGUGUGCAUACACCAGCUUACUGCGUACAAGGAGCAGACUGGAACAGUGGACUGUCGGAAACGGCAUCUGUGGAAGACAUCAUAG